AUGGUGAGAACCGACGUUAGCCGGCUGCUGGACCGUCUGACGCGCGGCACCGACCAAAUCGCCGUCGAAGUUUUGCCCGCAGGUUAAUUGCCCCAAUAAUUUGUAGACUUCUGUGUGUUUAUGUGAUUUGUUCAGGCAGCAUGACGGACGACAUUUGCGAGAUUUUGAGUGAUCGGAAAUUUCCCGAGCUCCAGGCCGUGGUUCGCGACAAUUUGUACAGCAAAACCGUUCCCUGUGAGUAAGAGAUUUGACAACGAAAAAAGAUGGACAUAUGAGUGUAAAACAAGACUUGGGCCUGAGAAUACGCAUCAAUAUUCCUCUUUAAUUUUAAACAAAAUUUCUCCUUUUGAAGCCUCGAAUUAUAAGAGAAAAAAGGUCGAUCGGAAUAAGGAAACCAAUAUGUUCAAGAAAUAAUUGAGAAGGAAUAUUUUUUGAGAGGGAAGUUUGCCUUCCAAAAAUUUUGGAAAGCAGCUUGAGAGCUUGAGAAAAAAGUCUGUAUUUUUUAUCGUUUAUUGAGCUCUGCAGCUAGCUUCUAAAAAACUUUGGUGUCGUUUUCAGAGAUGUUUCACCUGAGAAAAAGAGGUUGAUGAACGAUUCAAAGCUUCGCAUUCUGUUUUGAAAAAAAUAAUUACUGUAUAUAAUUUCGAAAAAUAUUAUCGGUAACGUUCUUUCUCAAGAAUCUCUCUGAGAAUCUGAGGAACUCAAAUUUUUGAAAGAUCUUCAAACACUUUUAAUGACGCUCAAAUCCUUUUCGAAACUUGCUUAUUUUUUAGAUUUCAAAGGAAAUUCUCAAUUCUCUCUCAAAAAUGAAAAUGCAUGGUUUUUGGCGCGCAAUUUGAUCUGACAAGACAUCCCUCGGUUGGGGCACGUUCCUUCACUUUCACGCGGAUUUUUCGGCGCCUGAGUCUCGACCAAACAGCUGGCGCAUCACUUUGAAUAAUGGCCACACCGGUAGAAAUGCGUGUUAUUUUGCAACAAGAGCGUCCUCAUCGACUUGCCUCGAAAUGGCCGAAAAUGCCGUCUUGUCCAUGGCGUUUUUGUCUCGGAGAAGCUCUUUGCCUGUUAUUAAAUGGAAUUGUUCUGGGAUUGGUUCGUUUCUCGACUUUUUUUUUUAAUUAAAUUUUUUUUGACGCCACGAUUCAAGCACGUUUUUUCAAAAAUAAAAUAUUCUCUGACCUUUUCUGAAGGUGUUUUUGUUCAUGUUGACAUUCUAGAGAUCAGGGAACCGACAUUAAAAAAUAAUUCAAAACAAAAUUGAAUGCGAAAUUUUUGAGCCGAAGUCUGGAUAUCUGGGUUCAUUUAUCUAAACAAACUGUGUUUUAUUGGCUCAUAAAUGUAUUUUUAUUAAUCCAGACAAUUCCAGACACUACGAGACCAGCACGCGAAGGCGAAAUCGACGGGGAACACUACCGUUUCGUCAGCGUCGAAGAGUUCAAGGAACUGCAGCAAAAUGGACAGCUUCUGGAGCAUGGAAUUCAUAAUGGUACGUUUUUUUUUCAUUUUGAGUAUCUAACAAAAAUCUGACAGUUGUACUAAUAUAAAAAAUGAGUUCAUAUCAAAAAUUUAAAAUUCAUAUUAGACGAGAAAAACAAACAUAUUAAACUGGGGAUGUCUUCAAGACAAUAUUGAAGUUUUCAGUAUUUGGCUUUUUUUUUGAGGCUGUACGCAUAAGCUUCAUGAUUGAAAUAAGGGAGAUCCCAGGUUUCGAACCGUUUUCUGUCGAUAAAUCACUAAAUUUUGUUGGAUUCUUUUUCCGAGUUCGCGUACUAUUUGUUUUGAUAUUUUACUCUAUGCUCAGCUGACCUCCGAGACUCGUUUCCGGCCUGGAUGUCAUGCCCAAAUAUGUAGUAGACCCCGAUUUGCGUUGUCCGAAAAGAGGCGGAAUGUAUGGAAACGAGACUACUUGGAUGGGGAUAAUCUACUUUCAAACCCUCUUGGUUCGCUUUCGGAGGUCCAACUUCUCUCAAAGCUUUUCAGCUUUUGUAGUGGAACUUUCUUUGAUUUUCCUAUAACUCUUUCCGUGUGAGGAUUUGGUUGCUUGUGCAUUUCAACUCCUGAGCCCGUUUUUUUCUUUUUUUGAAGACUUUCAGAUGAUACAACCAAACCUUUUUUAAAUUUCAUAAGAUUCUUGAAACUUGUUCGACGAUUGUUUUGAGGAACUGCGAAAAAAGAGUCGCUACAAGAUCUCUUAUGCUCCAGUGAUAAAUUUUUUUCAUUAUUGCAAAAAAUGAUGAAACUCUUAUUGAAAAAAUAUGAAUCUAACUAAUUUAUUUAUGUUCCUUAUAAAUUUCAUGAUUCAAAAGGAGCCCCUAGUUGAAAUUCUAUUUCGACACAUUUUUUUUCCUGGUUGUGAAUUUCGAGAAUCUCAAUUUCUGAAAAAGAGUUUGAAGUGCUCUGAAACACUCUUUUGUCAUUGACCCGGUCAUAACUUCUUCAUUGUUCAUUGAGCAGAUCAAUGAGGCUGAACAUUUCUUCCCUUGCUCAAAAACUCAAUUUUGACAGUCUUUUCUGACGAUUACGUGCACGAAGACAGGAAUAAUGAGGCCGGUAAAUGAGGUUUGCUCGACGAUUUUCUACCUUAUAAGGAGGCCCUUUCCUCACCUGCGCGUCCUCACCACGUUUCUUUCCUACCUUCAUCGUCUCCUUUCCAUUUUUUUUUUUGGUGUCUUCCCUCGUUUCUUUGCACUCUCCUCGGUAUUUUCCUUGUUUGGUAGGGGCUCUCCGCGCGUACCAAACGCGCAAUCUUUUGCACACUUUUCGUCUUUUUCGCCUGUCUUGUGUACCUUUUUCUUUCCUUUCGUUCUUUUCCGAGUUUUUAGGGCUCGACUCGGUUUUUUUUUGUCUGGAAAACGAUAUAGUUAAACUUCUCAGUUUUCUUAAAUUUUUUUUUUUGAGUUGUGAAUCUUAAUUUUCUUAGAGACUUGCACGGACUUUUUAUCUGUACCCUAUUUUUUUCCAGACCGCGCGUAGUUUAAAUUUAUUUGAGUGAACUUCGGAGCUUUGGAUUGGGUUUUUCAAAUUUUUUUAUUUUAAAAACUUGUUAAUUGAUUUUUAAAACCUAAUCGCACUUUAGAUGCAAAAAAACGACGUUUUCUGCCUAAGUCAUGAACGUCCAAGUUGAUACCUCAAUCUUAAGAUGAGUUUUGUGCUUUUCGACAUCGAUUUUUUAACUUUCAACUCAAUUUUCUGCUGCAUAGAAGGGUCUUCUUCUUUUCUCUUUAAGGCCUACGGUUAAUCUUUCAAGUCGGUUCGUUUCCUUCUGCAUUUUUAAGUUGAUUUUACUCGAAAAAACCUAAUUGCGAUUUUAGGGUUUGAGAAAACUGAGCCGCGCCUCAAUUUUCAAUCCCAAGUCGGAUUCAGGUAGUUUCCACUAAGAUACAGUAGAAGAUGCGCACAUUUGCAUGCGGUCGAAUGAUUCAUGGCUUCUAGGCUGUCAUGUAUGUAUAAUUGUGGUAACCAAGGCCUGGUUUGAAGAGUGUCUGAUGGAAAGCGAAGAAAACGUUGGGUCGGCUAAUUUUUCACGGUUCUCACAUGUGGCUGGGUACAUGGUUAAUGUGUUGUUGGCGUGGCCGAUUCUUCAUUUCGGAUCCCUCCCACGCACAUCUGCCUUCGCGGUUCAACAUAUACCAUUUGUAAUCAUAUUCGUCAGUUUUUUUUUCAAAUUUUCAGAGACUUUUGAAGGAAUUGGUCGAAAAAUAUAGUUUUGAAACCCUUUUUUGGAUAAUUUUCGAGAUACAGGUAAAAGACAAUUCUUUCCUGCGCUUUUUUUUAACUUUUCAUCUCAAAAUGUUUUAUCAAUGAUGUAGUAUUUAGUUUGGUUCAGAACAUGCAGAGAUUUUUAUGUUUUUUUUUUUGAAAUUUUCUUGAGGCAACUUUCUUACUAGGUUACUUUCAUCUCAAAACCAUUGAAUGUAAAGAAAGUGUUUUGAUCGGAGCCUCAAGCUUUUGAAAUAGCAGCGCUGCUCGAUUUUCGCAUUUUAAUUUUGAAGUACCCAAAAAAAACGGUGUGUGUUGGUGCAAGUAGAGGCUCUACUGUUGAGCGGUUGAAUUGAAAAAAGGACAGAAAUUGGUUUUCGGAAAAGUAUUGGAUGGAUGGCCGGUGGCCUUCGACUGCGCGGCUAUUAGGUGCCGAACAUCCGCCGGCCACCGACAAAAUCUCUUUUCUUUUGUCCCUUUUGAUUUGUUGUCUUGUGUUUGUGUUCCCCUUUUCUCGGGUUUACUUUUAUCUCACCGUUAUUCUUUGAACGGACCUUGAUAAAAUUCCUUCCAUUCGAUAAGUUUUGGAAUAUUGAGAAAAAAUUUUUGAGAAAAAGCUAAUAAAUUUUCUCAUGUGAAAAACUCUCCAGGGGCUGUGAUUUUGCAGCACACAGUUAUAUUUUCCGUUUCAAAAGAAUAAUUUUUGAAAAGGAAGUUUUGUACGUGUUAAUGAGUGCGUUCAGUUUCAUGCGCAUGUAAUUGCGCUCCAUCGACAAACGGCUAAAUUUUAGAUUAUAAACUUUUUUUCAGAGUUUUCAUGAAAACUGGAUAAUUUUGAAAGACCUUGAUAGUUAUCAAUUACUAUUUAUUCAUUUUUUUUUCCAUUCGAUACUUUUUUCCGAUCACUUUUUUUGGCGAUCCUCUGAUUGGACUGGAAUUUAGGGAGCGAUUGGCUCAUUCUUAACUCUUUUGAUAUCUGUUCUCAUUCAAUCCCAAACAGCUCUAUCAGAAUGAACCAUAGACCGAUUAAUUUUGUCAAAAGUUCUGCGUAAAUUGUCGGCGUUUCCUUUGACCGCUGCCUUUUCCUAUCAAUUUGGUCCUGGAACCACUAAAACGCAACAGGAAAGACAAAAAAAUAAGAAAAAAAAAAGCGGCAGCGGUCGGUUGAAAACGAAUUGGUUUGGUCGGCAAAUGAGUUCCGUCUGUUGAAGUUGAACUUUUCCAUGUUUUCUCCUUUUUCGAGACAAGUUUGUUAGGAGUUUGGAACGAACGGAACUGGAUAGCGGGCAGAAAAAAGGAUGAAAAAGGGUAAUAGGCCUCGUUGGCAGUGUUAGUUUGCUAAUUAUUGGUUCCCACCGCUCAAGAAGGUUCUUCUAUUUUCUUGCCUCAGCCUGUUACACACCUCAUCGGAUAUGAACCAAGUUCGGCGAUUCAUCCAACGAUAUGGAACGUUUCGACGCGCCAAAUCCUACGACAGUGGUAUGAUGUCCUUUUUUAUUUUGUUGUUUAGGGUUAGGUUAAGUUUUAUCGGCUUUGGCGCUCGGUUUUUGUUUUGAAUUCGUUCCAGAGAGAAUAGGACAUUAAUUAUGAAUCGUCACCCUGUUUUUUUUUUUAUUGCGGAGGCCCUUCUGGAACGAUAAUUGCUUCAUUUUGAUAAUAAUUAGCGUUUAUGCAUGAUCUGUGAGAUUUUUGAUUUUUUCGUGACUAUUUUUCUUUAUUUUGGUGUUGCAUAGAGAUAUCGUCUUAGAAAUUUGUUUUUUUUAAAUAUCUGGCAAGCUUUUUAUUAUUCAUUAUUCAAUUUUUCUUCGCUCUGCUCCUCUUUAGUGUCUGAGUCGAACAUUGUGCAUUUCUUUUCUUUUUAAAGGAUGAGUCAAAAGUUUGAUUAAAAAAAUAUCUUAGGCCAAAGUUAUACAGUUUUUCGAGGAAAAAACGUUUCCAUUCUCACGGAUUAUUUAUUAUGGAUUUUUCACCGAAACCCAAACGGAAGGAAACGUACAUAUGCAUUGCAAAUGUUUGGCGUGGGAAGGACUUUAAAGGGAAAUGUAUUUUUCAGAAAGUAAGGAUCCUCGAGUAGCAAAGCUGUCGUGUGAAACCUUUCCAAGUACUUCCCGAUAUAGACGCGGAAAUCAGGAAGAGUUCAUUUUGAAAGAGUUCAACUAUAUUUGCGAGUUUACGGUCUGAAAUCGACUGUAAAAGAAUCAGCUCAAUUGCUGAUCUUCAGUCAAAAAAAUUCAGUCGUAGAAAGUUUUUUUGAAAAGUCGAUAUUGAUUUUUGUUUUUUUUAUUUAGGAAAGUCUUGAGGCAAUUUCCGAAAAAUUGAAAAUUGGAUAUUUUGCCUCGCAUUUAUAAUUCACACCAUUUAUAUGAGUGGAUGUUAUUGCUGGGUUCGUCUCGCUCCGUUGUUAGCCAAAUAAAAAAAUUUCGAGACUCUGAAUUCCGAGGUAAAGCUGUUGAAAUAUGGAAUUCGUCUUUUCAUCAUACUUAUUUGAAAUAGUAUUUUUAUAAAAAAUUCGUAUAUAUUUUUGUCUUUGCUUUUCGAUUCUUUCUGUUUUUUUUUCUUCCUUGAAAACGAAAAAAAAACGAGAACCCUCCGGCUGUCAUUGGAGUUAUGUGUUGUAAUAUAAUGGAAUGGGCAAUAUUAAUGUUGUUUUGAACUACCUGCGCCUUUCUUUUUGAUCUGUUCAUUUUCAGAAGAGCAAGAGAAGUUUUAAAUCUUAUGUUUCAUCUUUUUCAAAUGGCUUAUGAAAAAAUUGCAUACUUUUUUUUCGUAGCAACGGCCAUCGAACGACAUCUCUGCACUGGAGCGCCUGAAGCGCGCCCGAACAUUUCUCUGCCGCAUGCUUUUUUUCGUCGUUUAUUUUUUCAGUUUCAAAAAAACUCUGAUUUUACUGAUAAAGUUUUAUUGUAAAAAUGUAUAAAGUUAGGUUUGUUCGAAUGUAUCGAAAACAAUUAGGAUGUUGUCCCAAUUUGUGUUUUUUGCCUUGCGGUCAGCGUACAUUUAUGUCCGUGGCUGUGUUUGUAUUGCGUGUAUGUGUGUGACCGUUUGCUCGUUCCCAUUUUUGGAUCCCAAUGAUUCACGCCAAACGUCUUUCGUGCUCAGUUUUGAGUUAUUUCCCUCUUCUUUCCCAGUCUCAUAGUUUUUAUUUGAAGAUCAGCCUUUCGCAAAGCAGAUUUCAUCCUAUAAACUUGCAAUAUGCAAAAAUUGCUGACUUCUUGUAAAAUGGACUGUUGGACCAUAAAUUCAUUUUCACUCCGAAAACCGUGAGUACAAAGUUUUUUCCUAAAAUGUAUUUUUUUUCAAUUAGCAUAUUAUAUACCUCAACUAUACCAUAUGUCGAAAAGAGCAAGCAAAAUUUUCUCAAUUCGUAUAAAACACAGAAAUAUUUCUUCACAUUGAAUACUAGUUAGUUGUUUUAAAUCCGCUUGGAACAUUUUCCACAGUUAUGUAGGACUUUUCUGGUCUCGAGGCUUGAUCUCGCGUUCGCAUCUGGACGCCUUUUCACUCGAUUGCCCCUAAUCCAUCUUGAUUUUCAUUUUCCUUUUUUAUUUGCUGUUCAGGCUUUCUCCAAUUUUUUCCUGCCGUUAGUCAAAUCGGAUGUAUUUGAAAAGCACGUUUUCCUGUACAUUGGAGUAUAUUUGGCGAAAGUUUUUAUCUUCAAACUCAACUCACUGAAAACGAGCGAAAAGUUUAAAAAAAAAGACGAGUUUAAAAAAUUAUUAUAUUAGCUUGAACUUCCCUCCAAUCGGCUUAGUUUUUCAAUAUUUAUUUUUUUGCAUUGGUGUUAAACCAGAAGAUUUCCUGAUGACUAAUUUGACUGUUUUGCAGGACAUUUUUACGGUUCACGAAGGCCCGAGGAGUGCUAUGCGGACGGGGAACAGGCGAUGGUGAGCCACGGGACGACCGAGGGCCUCCUGCCGGCCAACUGGGAGACGGCCUACACGGAGAACGGCGACAAAUACUUCAUCGAGUAUGCCUUUCAUCUUUCUUCAAUUAUUCAUCAACGCACAACCCCAGCUUUUCACUCUUUCUUCCGUUUUUUUUCUUCUUCUUUCGUUCUAAAAAGAAUAAAUAGGAUUGUUUCUCAUAAGAUUGAACUUUCUGAGAACGGCUGAAAAGCUGUCAGAACUGUUGCUUUCGAAAUUCUCUUCUGGUCUUUUUUGUUUGCUUCUCUACUUUUCCUUCCUGUGUAGACAUUAUUUGGCACGCUCAGAAACUUUUUCUACGCAGUACUCGAUAGUUUGAAACUUUUUCUAAAUUCAAGACCCUCAAAAUCCGUGAAAGUUAAAAUUCGGCAGAAAGACGAGUAAAGUUCAUUUUUUCUGUUUUUUUGGUUUGAACCUGUAUUCAAAAUCUUUUUCAAAUAUUCAGGCCGAAGGAAUUUUUUCAAAUUCUUGAAAGAGAUCAAAAAAUUGAAGAUGGGAUUAGUCCAUUUCCGCUUCAGCUAGAUUUUGAAUUUCCUAAUUAUUUUUGGCUCCUAAUUUUGUUUUUUCGUUUUUGCGAAUCUUGAAAAAGCUUUUUGCCUCUUCCUUUUCUCAAUCGUUUUACUAAAAAAUUGCUUUCUAUUCACAAUUUUUGCUUUUAGGUAGUGGAAACGUCUAUUCGUUUUAGGCUUAAUUCAUGCGUUUUCUUGUGUGUUUUGAAUUAAGAAUGAUUUUCAUUUAGCAUUAAGGUGGUUGAUGUGAAUUUUAUUCGCAGAUAAACAACUUGUACAUAUAUAGGGAUUUUUGCAGACUUGAAAAAUCUUUCCACGUUUGCCUUUGUUUUUAAGUUUAGCCUAUCAAACUUGAAAUCAAAGAGUUCUAACUUUCUGUGCUUCGCUUGAGCUACGUAUUCAACAGUUCUCAAUGAAGCUAAUUGUCUAAAUGAUUCAGCUUAUUCGAAGUUUUUUGAAUUAUCGAAUACGAAUAAAGCCUCAAAUGUCUGAAAUUCCCGCAAUGCACGCUAUCAGAACUGUUGUCACUGUAUCAAGCAUGAUUAUUUGCGCCGGCGAUGAAAAUGUUUAGCGAGGUUGGGGGUUAACGGCCGAAGCAUUUUGCCCUAGUCGAAAAGCAAUGACGGUCAUAAACCGACGAUUAUUUGCACUGUGAGAAAUCUGUGAGUUGCAGCCACAACACUGGCACGACGACCUGGGACGAUCCGAGAGACUUGCCUGUAGGCUGGGAACAAGUCGACGACCCCGUCUACGGCACCUUCUAUGUCGAGUAAGUCUUUUUUCAAGCUUUAUCUAUCAAAUAGCUAGUAUAAACGGAGGAGAACUUAAAAUGAAGAACGUGAUGUUUCAAGUAAACUUUUUGCUGAGAGGGUUAAAAAGCAAAAAUAUGGCGAACUAUUUUUUGGACACGUGGUAACUUAAGUCAAAGUUCAGAGAGAAGUUUCAAAGAGAUCGUUCUGAAGGGAAAAAAAAUAUUAAAAAGUCAAUAAAGCAUCAGUCGCAAAAUGUUCUAAAGAUGUAAAUGGUUGAUGGGUGUUGGAAAAUGUACUUGCUUUGAAAUUUGUGAUGAAUUGAGUCCAAUUUUCGAUAUCUAACGAGAUCAUAAUUAGAAAACUCGACCUCAAAGUAGCAUCAGAGAAGAGGAAUAAGAAAAUAUAAAUAAAAGUGGCUCACUAAGUCAAAGAGAUUGUCGGAAAACUCCAGCCUUUUUUUCUCUCACCUAUAUCAUAAACGCUCUAUCAAUUUUCGUUUAUAUCGAAAAAAUGAAAAGAGCGGGGAUCUGAAGUCGAGAGUGAGUGACAUGAUGCGGCUAAACAUUGCCCUUGGCUCUGCCGCCGUUUCGAACUCAGAACCAAAUUUGGUUAUGUUCGGCCGGCGGUUUUGCAUCUUUUCUCACCCCUCCUCGUUUUGCCUUUUGUCGAAAUCCGCGUUAUCGCCGCCACGACAUCUUCUGCUCCUUCUUCUGCGGCUUUUCCUUCUCCUUGGAGCACCAGCCACGCCUCUCACCCAUCCGUCCACUUUUUUUUAUUCGUUUUUGGCUAUUUUCUUGUCCCUCCCACUUCUGCCUGGUUUUGGCUUAUUGAUCUUUAGGUUUAUGCUUUGUGUUUGCUUUGUUUUUGCUUUUCGAAAUGUGUUCCAGAAUUCAUAAUUCUGCAGGUUCUGUAAUGGUUUUGCAAGUUGAGCUUUAGUAUUUCCAAAAAAACCAUUCCCCGAGAAUAUUAAUUUUCAUCCCUUGAAACAAAAACAACAUUUUUGAAAAAGUAUCACAAAAAUUUUUUUAAAUUUAUUUUUUUGAAUUUGUUUAAAAAGUUCAUAUCUUUAGAAAAAAAGUCCUCAUUUGGUGCUCAUUUAAUGACCUUUUUUUAUUUUAAAGAACUGCAUUGAAAAAUUUUUCAUUGUCAAAGUUGAUGUGAAAGCAGAUUUUUCACGAUUUACUAACUUUUACUUAUCAGUCUCGAGAAGUAAAGCUUUUUUUAAAAACAAAAAACUCGCAUUUUUUUAAAAACUCGUUGUCAGCUUUUUUUGAUAGGCAUCAAAAGUCAGGAAGCAUUAGCUUCAUUUUUUGAAAACUGAAAAAUUUUUUUAAAAUUUAUUUGAAAAAAAAAUUGAGGUAAACGAAGAUUCGAUUUUUUUUUCCUCUAUUCAGAACUCGAAAUGUUUUCUUUCUUUGUUCCUGGCUCUUUCUGAAGCUUCUCUCGGCAGUCUUCUUGUUUUAUCCGUGGAGCGAACUAUUCUCUCUGAUUUGAGCCAGAGAAAUGAACGGAGAUGGACACUUGCGGCUGGUGUGAAUGUCGGCGCCGACGUCGUCACGCGGCACCGAGCUCUUUGCAAAUGUCAUAUUCUAUUCGGCGCCACCGAGGCAACCCCUGCCACAGGAUCUCAGUUGCGACGACCGUUCUGGCGGUGCGACGUCGUCGACUCGCUUCGCCACAAUCUCGUAAGGAUUCCAUCCGUUCCUUCCUUUCUAAUUGCUGGUUGCGUUGGUUUUAAGCUUUUCACAUGAUAUCGAGGGAGAGAAUAAUUUGGGAGGUGCCGAUAUAAAAUGGCUUCUGAAACGCGUCUUGGCUCUAAUUGAACUUUUCUCUUUUCGAAAUUGAUAAUUUUUUGGAGUUUUUUUCACUUACUUUUUUGUAAGUUUCAAGACUGGAAAACUGCUUUUUAUGUAAUUUCGGAAUUUCAUUAUGGUCUUUUGCAAGAUUGAAUCAUUUAUCUUGAAGCUCACGGAAAUUACUUCUUCUAUUUUCGAGUUACUUUGCGGUUUUUCUGUAGGUUCCGAUUCAAGCCUUUUGAUUAAAUGAUUUUUUUUUUCAAAGGUUACAACAAUUAAAUUCCUCACAAGUUUCGAACGCAUUUUUCCCACGCGUCUGCUGCGUCGGCUGAGAAGUUUUUUCAUUUUAUUUUUUGCACUUUGAUUCCCGCCCUAAUAGGAUUUCUGGCGUUCGAGGAGUUGCAGUUUCCCAUGGUUUUCAACAAAUAAUCGAAUUUUGCAAAAAUCAUUUGCCGCAUUUGUGUUGAGAAAUUGGAAGUCUUUAUUUGAAAGUAAUGAAGUUUCACGACAGUUCGAAUUAUCCAAUAAAAGUUUCAUCAAAGUUGUAUGAAGAUUAUCAAAAUAGAACUUUUUUAACCGGUUCAAGAACUUUUUGUGGAGGAAGUGUGAAAGAAUUCUCACUGUCAUUCUGAUAAUGAUAACUUUGAAAAUCGUGCGUAUCACCUGAGAACGUGAUUCUUAUCACUAAGGUUUCUUACUACGAGUGGUCAAGUUUGUAAUGGAGAACUGCUUGGGCAGGAAAAAUAAAUUGAAAAGAAACAAAAGAGGAAUUGUUUUUUGCAGUCACGUGAACAAGAAAACGCAGUACGACCGGCCGAUGACGACGAUGUCUUCUGCCGCGAUGAGCAGCCGCUACGACACCCUGCCCACCACCACCAACUCCUACUCCUUCAAUCACAACUCUUAUAAUGAGGUGGGCUCAUCCAAAAUAUUCGAAUGAGUUUUGUGACAUUUUUUCAGAAGAAAACUUCUUUUUUUUUUAAAUUUAGAGUUGGUAUCUCUGCUGCUUUUCUUCUGCUCAGUUUGAUUAGUUUUUUAGCUGACGACGCUGAAAUCGUCGCCGCGAGACUCCGGCUUCGACUCGUCGCCGACGCGAUAUUCACGCCGUUUUGGCAACACUCUGACGAACGGCGGCGGCAACGCGAACAUGGCGCCGAUGAAGUCGCGCGGCUCAAACCCCAUGUUCACGACGGAUCCGUCGCGACUGGGAGGAGAGCUCAUCUCGACGAGAAUCAUCAAAGGACCCAAGGGCCUCGGCUUCACCUUGAUCGGCAACGACGCCUCCAGCAAAGGCGACGAGUUCAUCCAGGCUCGUUCUAUUUCAUUCAUUAUGGUUUUCCCAAAUACAUCCAAAAUAAUUACGCCGAACUGCUUUUCCCAAUUUUUUCCCUUCUUUUUCCAACUGAGUUUUUUACAUGCCUGAUGUUGUGAUUUCUUUAAAAAUAUUUUCGAUUUCUAAACAAACAUUUUUUUUUAAUGAAUUUCCUCUCCGUGAAGUUGUUUGGGCGAGAGGCGAGCCAGCCCCGAACAUCCGGUGGCAUUCCGCUUUGUUGGCAUUUUUGAAUGAUCUCAAUUUGUCGUCGACUCUUUCCAAAUGCAGCUUUUCAUUGGAAAAACUUUGAAAGGACUGAAAGAUACACUUUUAAUGUUCAGAGAGAUCAUGAAAAAUAAAUGAUACGAAAAAUCUUUUUCAGUCUUAGGUUAAUACAUUAUAAACAUGUUUCAAUGCUAAAUUUCUAGUUUAAAAAAAUAUAUAUCCUAGAAAUUUAGUGCCCAUGUGUCUCAGUUUGAGUGUUCCGUUGUUUUUCUGUGACCUCCGACCAGACUGUAAUGUUUUUCGACUUCACAAAAUCACUAUUCCUAAUCUGAAAGAGAAAAGAAUUAAAAAAACGCCGAAGUUAGACUUGUUAGUUGUUCGAAACUGCCAAUAGUGAACUAAUCGAUUAGGUCCCCGAUUUUUAUACGGUUGGAUUUCAUUACUUUUCCUAGUUUGUUAUGAUUAUGUUGUUCCUUUUUUAAUAUACAUACAGAUGAAUCAAUAUGGAAUAUCGCCAUUUUGAUCACUGUUACUUUUUGAUGUUUCAUAUAAUCAGUCCUUCAAUCCAAUAAGAGUCACUUCAAAAAAAUCGUGGAAACUUGAAAUUGAAAAAGAUUCCGUUUGAAUGUAACAGCUUUUUCCUUUUAAAGUUACGAAAGUUUUAAUUCAAUGCAAAAAAAAAGUUUUUCUCGGUUCAAAAUCACCUUUUUCAGGUGAAGUCGGUUCUGACUGGCGGUCCGGCGGCAGCGAACGGCAUUCUCCGAAGCGGCGACAUCCUGGUGCGAGUCAACGGCGCUCUGUUGCUCGGCGCGAAGCAGAAAGAGGCCUGCGACGUUUUCGUCGCGAUUCCUGUCGGCGACCCUGUCGAUAUCCAAAUUUGCCGUGGCUACGAGUUGUUCAUCGACCCAUCGAAUAGGGUUUUCUCUUUCGUCCAAUCAACUUGGUUACCGGAAAAGUUCAGAUAGUGACAGAGAAUGUCUAUUCGUCGACAUCAAAUCGGAGUCGUGACCUCCAUGACAUCGACAUUUUCAAGGGAUCCGAGGGCUUCGGUUUCACCAUCGCCGACAGCGUUAAUGUGAGAAAAAAAAUGAUUUACUAGCUCUUAUUAAUUCACAGUAGAAGGAUAUAACCAAAGAUUAAUCAUAACCAACGAACUUCGAAAUUCCAGUCCAGAAAAGAAAAAGGGCAAAAGGAGGGACAGUGAAAAAAUCAUGAUUUUUCAGCUAAAUUUUAGAUUUUUUUGCAUCUAAUCUUAAAACGAUUUCAGCAUUUUCAUUAAUUUAGAUUCUUCCUUUUCACUUAGACUGCCGCAUUUGCUCUGAACGAGGUGUUUCUUAUUUGAAUCGAACCAAAUUUGGAGUUAAAACUUGGGAAAAAUAUGUUUCCAAUAAGUCUCAAAACAUAUUUUGUUUUCAUAAGUUCCAAUAACGUAAUAAUGGGAUAGAAUCUGAUGAUUAAGUUUUGCGUUGCAGGGCCAAAGAGUCAAAAAGAUUCUGUACCCGUCGCAAUGUCCGAAUCUGAUGGAAGGCGACACGAUCGUCGAGCUCGACGGAAGGAACGUCCGCGCCGUUCCGCACACGCAACUCGUAGACAUCCUCAGGGAGUGUCCUGUCGGCUACAGAGGACGGCUCGUCGUGAGGAGAGGCUCGCCCAAGAGCAGGUGGGUAUGGCGAAGGCGUAAAUUCAGGACAGGUUCGAGAAAGUGAUUAGUAGUUUCAUUUUGAAUAUGAAGAAGAAUGUUGUUCAAAAAGGUCAGGUGCAGCAAGAACGUGGCAACGUAGCUUCAUGAAAUUUUCGCCAAAGAAUAAGGACGAGUAGUAUUAUUUAUCGAACUUUGAAGGCGUAAGACCACCUCAUUUAGUGUCAGAUAUGUUCAGAAUAAUUUUUAAUUUCGAAGCGUUAAAAACUCUCGAAGAAUGAAACGUUGUUACGACGAGUUCAAGAAAAAUAUUUCACAACAUUCAAAGGAAAUUUAUAAAGCGGAAGUUUCUGUGUAGCAUUUGGACUGAAAAAAACGAAAAAAAUGUCUAAUUUUUUUCAUUUUUUUGGAUUUUUUUACUUUUCGAAUUUUUAAAUUAAAAACUUUAACAUAAAAAAAGACGACUUCAGUAUCUGUCUUACAAAAAAAUUUUUUUUGCCUUUGGCCCAGGUUUUCACUUGUUCGACCAGAACUGUUUACUCUCUAAAUUCGGUAUAAACAGUCUUUAUUUUUUUUUUAAGAUCAAGAACACCGACGGCCGCGUUCCGAUACGGCGAAGGCGACAGAACGACGCCGGCAAUGAACGGCUCUGCGACGACGACGAGGUCCAAGACGCCUGCUCCGACUCAGAAGACGAGUAACGACUUCGGGACGAUUAGCCGAAGCGGAAUCAGCAAUUACGAGUCGCAAGAUGGCCAGGCGAGGAAUGUCCUGCAAAGGGUUGGCGCCAAAUUGGAAAUCAAAACCGAUGUCUGUUUUCCAGCAACCGGCUGUCAAUGACACUUGGGAGGUGCCGACGAGGAUGCGUCCUUCUUCCACCACCCUCGGUUUCGCCACACCAAACUACAUUCCCAUCAGCACGUUUAGAGAAAAGUAGAUAAAUAAUUCUCAAUCAAUUAUGUAUUUUACCUCUUUCCAGGCCUUCUGAUCUGAUCACAGUUUCGUUGAUUAGAAAGCCGGUUGGGUUCGGCUUUCGGUUGCUCGGCGGCACUGAGGUUUCUCCAUAGAGCGACAUUGUUCUCUUUGAAUAACUUUGAUGUAGUUGCAGUCGAAUACGCCGUUGUCGGUGGGACAAAUUGUGGCUGGUGGUGCGGCGGAGGAAGACGGAAGAUUGCGUGAAGGCGAUGAGGUACCUUAAGAUCCGAGUUUGAUCUCUGAGGGAGGAUUGUUCAGAUAUUGGAGAUCGACGGGAAGCGAGUGGAAGGCGCGUCUCACGCCGAGGCCGUCGCUCUUCUGGAGACCGCCGCCCACAACAAACACGUCAAGAUGAUCGUCCGAAGGCCGAGGAACGAGUUCAGAAGGUUUAGAGCAAUCCUCGCUGGGUUCAUAAAGCAAUAGAAAUCAGUAAGAAGGAGAAAAUUCCGAGAUAUAAUGUUAGCAAUUCUAUUCGCCAAUAAAAUUCGGUGAAUCAUGAAAAACUCUUUUCCAAAAUCUGAUAGUUAAUAAAGCUGAAAACUUUGGAUAGUUUCAAAAAGACCUCUCAUUCCUCACAGAACUUCCCUUCCGACAAUAGAACGAAAAGGUCAAUACGAGGUGGUACUCGAUCGAGCCCAACAGGACGGAUUCGGCUUUGUCCUGAUGGCCACUCAACGCAAAAACGGCUCAACCAUUGGUUAUUCCGCCUUUCUCGCACCAACUGAUUCCGAUUUUCAGGUCACAUCCAGCCUGGUUCUCCUGCCGCCAGAUGCGGCCAGUUGAACGUCGGCGAUCGCGUCGUCGCUGUCAAUGGAAUCGACAUUCUCAACUUGAGCCAUUCUGAAAUCAUCUUGUUGAUCAAAGUAAGAUUUGCAAAUUUUUAAGUCGAGACACAGAGAAUUUCUGUGUGAUAAAACACGAAGCUUGAUCAAUUUACCAUGUUGAAAAGAGGAAAUAAAUUAAAACGAACAUGAUCAAUUUCUGCGCUCCGUGUGUAAUAUAGGUUAUUUGAAUAUUAAAAUGAGUAUUUAAUUUUUUUCUAUUCUGAUCAACCUAUUUCAUGUAGGAUUUAUUUCAACUGAUCUGUGCAUGAUUUUUUUUCAUCUCUCAUUCACAACAAAAACUGGCUUCGAAAAAAAAAACUUGUUCAUUUUUGAAAAAACCUGUACUUUUUUCACAGUUUAGAUUCCGAAUUUCAGGACUCCGGAUUGUCGGUUAGGCUCACCAUCGGCGCCCCGGAUAACUCUUCGUCAUCGACGCUCGGCCGCACGAACCCUCUUCCACAGUACUCCAAUAGCAACGGCUAUGACUCGGUAAAUCUCCUUCCAAGGAAACUAACCAUUCACUGUUGUUCCUUGAAGAGGGAUUACGGUGUGGUCCCGCCCCCGCCGCCGAACCUCAACCUCAACAGCUACAGUACUCUGAACACUACGGUGGCUUCCCGUUCUACCUACAUGCCUUAUGAACGUCUGACCAACCUCGACAUGGAAGGUCUCGGCGUCUCCGACAAACAAAGCAGUCAGGUUGGUAGGCCGGUUCCCCUUUUUUACGUGUAUUUUAUUGUCUCUGUUCUUGGAUUUACUGAAAACGAAGCUUUGGAAGCGCUGCUCAAAGUUGGAUAGUUCUUUUAAAACACAAAUCUUUUUCAAAAAAGAGUUUGAUUUGUAUGCUCAUUGUGUUCCAUUCAGAAAAAUUUUCCCGCUUCUUUUGGCUAAGAAGGAAGCUUUUCCAAUGAUUAGAAAGAUUUUGAAGAGCAACUUUCUCUCAAUGAAGAUAGUGAUUUUUAUUUUUCAAAACUUUGUGACUUUGAAAAUUUAGAAUUUACUUUUUUCAUUUAAGUUUCAGGGAGAAAAUUUAUUUUUUUUCGAAAAAUCAUUAUUAAUUUUUAUUCGGUCAUCUAUUUCAACGAAUCUUCAAAGAUCUGAAAAAAGGGAUCCACUUGAGCAAUGGCACAGCGCACUUUCUGAGCUUUCCUGCUGCUGAUUGUCUCGAAGCUUCUUUUUCAGUUACUUGUUCUUUGUUAGUCACUUGUCCCGACGCUUUUUUUGUUUUCUGUUUUGUAUUUGUAACGUUUUUGUCGAGCACCGGGUGAAUUGAACAGAAAUGGGAGCGGAGGCCGUCGAGCUGCGAGUCUUUACUUCGGAUGAUGCGAGAAGCUUCCGUGUUCGACACCUACACCGACGGCGCCGACAUUGAUGGACUCUCGAGGACGUCCUCAACUCGGUUUGUGUCCGUCGCAUGUGUUCGUGCCUAACUGUCGUCCGUCACAGCAUGCCUGCUUCUCAUAUUUUUCUUUCUAUUCUUCCUGUCAGGUCCAUAAAAAAUGUACCCAGAACUUUAUUUCUUAUAGAAAAGAAAAAGUGCAUUGAAAGAUAAUAAUUUAAGCUUUGAAAUGCAAUACUAUUUGUUUUUUUUUUCGUUUUUGAGAAAGGUAGGUAGGUCUCAAUACGCCAAUUUGACUAAUAAACGAACUUCAAACUCUCGGCGAGUGCAUCAAGAAGUAUCCUGGACAAUUUUCAAAGAACUUUCAAUUGCUGAUCACAGUGUCCUCCUUGUGACGUUCAACAUCUUGAAAUUUCCAUUUUGUACUCCCUGGGCUAAACUUUCAUGGACGUUUCUAGUAGUAUUCACUCAAACUCUGUAUUUUUUGCAGAACGGCGUGCUGAUCGACGUUUCUUUGGAGCGCGGCACACGCGGAUUUGGCUUUUCGAUACGCGGUGGACAGGAGUUUGGCGCGAUGCCGCUUUUUGUGCUGAGAAUCGCCGACGACGGACCGGCCAAGCUCGAUGGACGGUUGCAGGUCCGGAGAGAGUAUAAUAAUGAUGAUCCGUCCUCAGAAAUGAUAAAUAUUGAGGCUAAACUCGUUAGAUGCAUUGGUGUCGUUCAUCAGAGGAGCUCUCCAUCCCUUUUGAUAUUUCGGAAAGAAGUUGAAAAAUAGCUUUUUUUUUCCAAUUUUUGCGUUAAUUUUAAUUAUGAAGAGCGUGAUAUGAUGAAGCAGUAUCUAGCGUGUCUAGUGAGUGCGUCGAAGUCAGAAAUGAAAAAUGUAGCAGAUUGAAAUUAUCACAUUUCUAUUCAAAGCCAUAGCCUUUUUUGACGAAAAAAUAAAUGUUCAUUCAAAAAUCUUUCAGAAAAAGAUCAAUUUUGCAGGUUGGCGAUCAAUUGAUCACGAUAAACGGAAACGACACGACGGGAAUGAGCCACGACGAGGCGAUCAAACUGAUCAAGCAGCACGUCGUCGUCAAACUCACCGUCCUCCGCAACAAAUUGCCUUGA